CGGGUCUGGCCCGAAAUUCUCGCGGGUUCGACCCGUUCAAGCAAAAUCGGGUCGGAUUCGACCGUUAACGGGCCGAACCCGAAAAAAAAGGUCUGGCUGCAUUUAUUCGGUUCGGAUUACGGGUUUAGGAUUUUUAAUUCGAAUCCGACCCGAAACCCGAAUUACAUUAGUAUAUAAAGGUUUUAGUUUAGGGUUUCACACCUCACUCCUCUCAUUUGCGCCGUUCACCCUUCCUCCUUCUCAAAUGCUCUCAACUCUCACCUCUCUGCAUCUCUGCCUCUCACACGCUCAGACCAGUGCCCUUCACCGGAGUCUUCUUCGUGUCUUCCUGAACGGCAACCACCUCUUCCCUUCUCAGUUCUCAGUCUUCUGACUUCUCACUCCAGUACUCAGGUAGUAGCGGACUAGCAGUAGCCACGCCAUCUCCACUCCUACUAUCUUCCUCUCCAAGUCUUGGUAAACCCUACCUAGGAGAUCUCCUUCGAGACACAGAGUAACAGGAAACCCUAGAUCCGGGAAGAUCUCAAAUGGUGUGACUGUCUCUGCAUCUCUGUCCGUGAAGUAACAGCCUAAUAGAAUUCUAGUUGUUCCAGAAUUCCAGUUGUUCCAGAAUUGCAGUUGUAGCAUUUUUGUUUUCCAUAGUCCAAAGUUCCAGAACUGCUACAAGGGUGCCAUUCUUCCUGUGUAUGUGAUAUAUAUUAUUCUGCUACCUCCAAUGGCCGAGGAACCUGAGAAAGCUAAUUCUGAAGACCCUCAACAGACAGUUUGCAGUUUCUUCAGAAAGCCAUCAAAGGCCAAAAACAUCAGAAAACGUACUGCCGCUGAAGAGGGUGAGAAUGAAGAUGGAUAUUCAAAAGAUGAGACUUCAGUAGUAUUUAAUAAGAAGAAGCCAACAGUUGCUGACAACAAGCUGCACUUUUCUACUGGGCCCUCAAAGCGGGAGGUGACCUCGGAAUCUGAUGCACAUUCGAAAAAGCUUCUUUUUCAGUUUGAGUCCUCGAGGGAGAUUCAGGUUCAGACUGAUAAUAAAGCAACUGCUACGCUGGAAACUGAGACCGAGUUCUCAAAAGAUGCCCGGGCAAUUAGGGAGCGAGUUCUCAAGCGAGCGGAAGAGGCAUUGAAAGGGAAAAAUGAGAGCACUGUGGAUGAGAAAUUGUAUAAGGGGAUACAUGGAUAUACUGACUACAAGGCAGGUUUCCGGAGAGAGCACACAAUUUCCAGUGAGAAAGCUGGUGGAUCACAUGGUCCUCUUAGAGCUUCUGCUCACAUUAGAGUUUCUGCCAGGUUUGACUAUCAGCCAGAUAUCUGUAAGGACUACAAAGAAACUGGAUAUUGUGGCUAUGGAGACUCGUGCAAGUUUAUGCAUGAUCGAGGGGAUUAUAAGUCAGGAUGGCAGCUGGAAAAGGAGUGGGAUGAAGCAGAGAAAGCCAAGAAGCGAAGAAUGGAAAUGGGAAUGCUCGAUGAUGAUGAAAGUGCAGAGCAGAGUGAUGACGAUGACGAUGAUGCGUUGCCCUUUGCAUGUUUCAUCUGUAGGCAACCUUUUGUUGACCCCGUUAUGACAAAGUGCAAGCACUACUUCUGUGAGCAUUGUGCAUUAAAGCAUCAUGCGAAAAAUAAGAAGUGCUUCGUUUGCAACCAGCCUACCCUCGGGAUAUUCAAUACUGCUUUUGAGAUACGCAAGAAGAUGGCUGCUGAAGGAAAAUGAUGGCCUUGCCGUUUUCUUCUGUUAACUGUGGUAAUUUGUACUAAGUUUAGUAAUUUACUAACUUCGAGUCUUGAUGUUAUGAUUGUUGGUGAUGUUAUAGCGUGGCCGUGUUGCAUUUUAGAUUUGGGCCGUGAUAGACAAUGCAAAAAAUAUAAACAUAAAUUCUGAAAUUUGUUGCUCAAGAAAGCACACCAGAGUAAAGCUUUCUUAUCUAGGCACCUGUCAAAAUGCACAUGUAAAAAGAAAGCAUCAACAUAUACUUGUCACUACUCUUCAUUGAUUAUUUUUGCACUGUCUGGAAAACUUCUUGGGAGAAUUCUAUCUUUCUACUAGUUACAUAA